ACUGUUCGUACAGUAAUUAUAUAGGUUUAAUAUCAUUUAUUGGGCCCAUUUGAAUGAUAAGUUUGUUCCACAUUUAAUUCUUGUAUCAUCUUUGGCGCCUCUGGUUAUGGUUUGAGAUAUCCUUAGAAUUUCGUAAGUAAUUAUUUCAGGUUAUGUGUAUCAGUACCAAACACUUGUUAUUUUCAGUGAGCUUGUGUUUCCGCAUUGCGAGCAGGAGGUGACUAGUGUUUAGACAAACAUAUUAGUGCACAUUACGUACCUGUGCUGUUCGGCAAUUACGAAAAAUACCAGAUCGACGCGUGGUGGAUUAGGAGAGCACUCAUGGACUCAAAGGGAACUAGUUGGCUGAAAAAAGAGAAGAAUGAAGUAUAUGCUGAACCAGUCUCCUUGGUUCAGUUACACACAUCUACCAUGAAAGUAAAAGAAGAAUUGGAUGAGCAAGUGAACCAACAGUUUCUUCAAGAUCCACCAAGGAUUGUAAUGCCUAGUCUUUGUAUAAAGCAAGACCUAGAACUGAAACGGGAUUUAGAUGGCGUUGAGCAUGAUUGUCUUGAAGAUAAUUUGGUAAUCUCUCGGCCAAAUGAUUUUAUCAAGGAGGAUCCUGAACUAAAUUUGGAGGUGGCAGCCUCAAUAAGAAAUGCAUCUGAUAGUUUAAGGUACAUUUCUUAUUAUUCACUGCAGAAUUUUUUGAGCACGAGGGGCGGCGAGGGGGCGGCGACGGGGCGGCGAGGGGGCGGUGCGCUGCCCGCCCGCUGCCCGCUCCGUGAAGGUCCGGCAGCGCAGCAGGUGCGGGCGCCCGGCUGA